AUGACAAUUGUGCUCAACAAAUCGAUGGUUUAUUUUUUGGAGCAUUCGCCCACAGUGGAGAUGCUGCUUCGUGUGACAUUGCUGGCCACGCUCUGCUUCUGUGCCGCCCAGGCGGUGCUGAGUGGCAAGGAGCUGAAGCGCCGUGAGGCAGGAUUCGAUACCUAUGGACCCCCACCAAGACCUGCUCCUCAGUAUGGACCACCACCGCCACAACAUGUGCCCCAUCGGGAGUACGGUGUGCCGCAGCAGAUACCCUUCCGGGAGUAUGGUCCUCCGGCUCUGAAGUAUGGUCCACCCAAGUUGAACUUCUUGGGAGGAGGAGGAGGUGGAGGUGGAGGCGGUGGCUCUCUGCAUGAGCAGAUUAAGACCCACUUUGGUGUGCCCAAACCCUUCUAUGGGCCACCUCACAUUCAGCACAAACCGGCUCCCCAAUACGGACCCCCGCCUAAGCCUGCCCCACAGUAUGGUCCUCCUCCCCAGCCUGCCCCUCAGUAUGGUCCUCCUCCUCAACCUGCCCCCCACUAUGGUCCACCUCCGCCACAGUAUGGUCCACCACCGCCGCAGAAGAUCCAGCAUCGUCCGGCUCCACAGUACGGACCACCAAAGCCACAGUAUGGACCUCCACCACAGUUGCUGCCCUCGCCACAUGCCGCUCCCCUGUUCAAGCCCGCCCAUCAGCCGGCCACCUCCUACGGACCACCUGCAUCUGGACCGCUUAACCUGCCCCACAAGCCCAUCUAUGAUGCACCGCCUCCGAACUAUGGCCCUCCGCCACUACCCGUGGCCCUGCCAGGACCUCCGCCACCGGCCACUACCAUCAUCCUGCAAGGAGGACACCACCAUGGUGGACCCCCCACAGGACCCAGUGGCCCUGGACCAGUGAAGCAGGUGCAGAUCCAGAUUGAUGCCUCGGGACACACGCACAGUGUGAGUGGCUCUCAGGCGCCAUUCCACACGGCUUGCGAUGGCUGGAAGCCAAUCCCAGCUCCAAUUGGUGCCUACGUGGAGCAGAACCACAUUGAGACCCAAGGUGGCUACAGUCAGGUGGCUCAGGGACAUGGCGGUGGCUUUGGAACACAAUACAGUGUGGGAGGAUCUUCGGGAGGAUCUGGUGGCAGCAUCAUUGACGGACUCUCGGACGAACAGCUCGUGGCCGUGGCCCCAGGUGGAAAUGAUGGUGCUCAGGUGAUCACAGGACCCGGUGGUAACUCCAUCGAAACGGAAACUCUACAGGCUGCCAUUGGCUCCCUGGAUGACUCGUAUUCCAAGCCGCCAUUGGACUCUUUCGAUCCCCGAUCGGUGCAUGCCCAGAAGUAUCAGACAAUUGGACACUCGGGACCACAAGGAGGAAACUAUGGACCCCCGCCACCUCCUCCCAGUGGCAACUAUGGACCUCCACCACCACCUCCCAGCGGCAACUAUGGACCCCCGCCACCACCACCCCAGUUUGCAGCUCUGACUAGCAGUCACUCCCAAUCCCAAUCCCACUCUCAGUCGCAGUCCAAUGUGAACAUUCAGUAUGGACCACCUCCCUCUGGAAACCCACAGCCCUUCCCCCAGCAUGGAGCUGGUCAACCCAAUAAACCGGUGGCUUAUCGCCCACCCGUGCCCGUCGGUCUGUUGGAGUCCAUUGGAGCCACUGUCCAGCAUCUGGAUCAGUUUGGAGUGAAGCCACCACAACAGCCUGCUACCUAUAUUCCCCCAGCUGCCAAUGAAAUAGCUCUGGCUGGAUCUCCUCCAGCUUUGCCUGCGCCUCAGGCUCUCUACCAACCUCCUCCACCACCACCACCUCAGUCUCAUCAGGUUAUCCUGCAGCAGCAGCUGCCUGCUCCUCAGCCCGGACCCGCCUUUGGACACCAGAAGCAACAGUUUGGACCCCCAGAGCCCCAGUACUUGCCACCUCCACCACCGCCAGUGGCCAAUGUGCGUCCCCUGGGACCACCGCCACCGCCCACCCAGCAGUACCUGCCAGCUGCUCCUCCACCACCAGUCUUCUUCCAGCAACAACAGCAGCAGCAGCAUCACCAUCACCACGCGGAGAAUAGCUACAGUGCCUCGCAGUUCCAUGCCCAGGGUCUGCCCCUGCCCCAGCAGGCGCCACGUUUCAGCCAGCUGCCCUUCCAGCAGCAGCAGCAGCCUCAACCCAUCAUUGUCCAUGACUGUGGACACGGCCCCAAUGUGGUGAGCAGCACUGGCUACCAGGUGCAGCAGCAGCAGCAGCAGCACUUUGGCAGCGUUUCGGCUGCCUCCUCGGGAGCCUUCAAUGCCAUUGCCCAGAGCAUUCCAGUGGCGGAACAGCACACCCAGCAACUGGUUUCGGGUCCAGCGGAUAGCUAUGGACCACCACCAUCUGGCAAUGAUAUUGAUAGCUUCGAUCACACUGGCUAUGCCUCGCAGAAGAAUGCGGUGGCUGCCCUACCCGAUGGCACUGAUCCUCAACAACUUCCUGGCUUAGAUGGACUUGAUGUCCUCUCGGCACAAAAAUCACAGAGCAUUCAGUUGGGAAAUGGCCAACAGCCUUCACAGAACUUCCAAGUGCAGUUCGGGGGAUCCCUGAACAAUGCUCCCGGUGUGUCAAGUGGUGAUGCCAAUCACGAGGAGAUUCUUUCCCAGGGUCUACUGCAAUCGAUCCUCACGGCCAUUGAGCAACCCCAGCAGCAGCAGCAGCAGCAUCUCCCCCAGAAUCACAAGGCCCAGAGCCGCUCCGAUGAUCAUGAUCAGCAAGAGGAUCAGCAGCAGGCGGAUGACCAUGAGGAGGAGCAAUCCGUCAGCUCAUCCACUCGCGUGGAGGUGCGUGUUCUGCCCGAGAAUGGCGAGAACGAGGAGGAGACACCCGCCGAGGUCAAGGAGAUCGAACCCAUUGUGGUCAACGAUGAGGAGGCCAAGCAUUAG